GAACGCCCAGCAACGGAGAAAGCGACGCCCCAAAGGCAAAACAAGACGUAAAAAAGCCCGGGAGGCAAAAUGGAGACGAAGCAGGUAAGAGCAGGAACGGCUCGUUAUUCCCCUCGUGUUGUCGUGGACGUCAGCCAGUCAUGCCCGGUUGACAAGGUCGCAUUGAAAAAGAUGUCCACCCCGAGGAACCGCGCCCGCGGAAGAAGAAGGGCGGAAGCAUGGAUGAUAAUCCUAAGGCCACGAGUGAAAUCAAGACGAACCCCAAGAAGGACGAGGAAAAUGAUGAAAAGCGGAGAGGCGAGCCGGAGCUAACUUGACUAAGCACUUGUUCGGGGAGGCUUUCAAGACUACCACAAUGACUGCAGGGUCGAUCACAGGAUGCCUGCACCGCGCCACGAAGCUGAGCGUAGCCCAGACCAAGAUCGUCGCGGAACGCAUCAAUGAGGCGGUCCACAUCAUGAGCCAAACUCGUAUUCUCGUGUUUAAAGCGCUUGAACUUUUUCUCUACAAGGAGGUCAGAGCCGCCACCAUAUCCAAUUCAGAUCAAGCGCGCUCAACACCAGACCAGAACUUGGGUAUUGAUGAAGCAAAUGGAUCAGGAAUCCAGGAGGAAGUCCGCACUGCCACUGCAUGCAACCCAGAACAAGCGCGCCCGGCACCAGAACAUAAUAUGGACAUUGAUGUCAAUCAAGCGAGUGUUCCGGAAGUCCAGCACAAGGAGGACAAGAAUGCGGACCCACUUGAUCUCAUUCUGCACAAGGCAUAUGGAGAAACUAUCACCAGAAAUCUGAUCUCUUUGAUUCUGAAUGGUCCAGUAGCGCCCCGCGGGAGACCACCUAAAGACUCAGUGGCAAUUCAGGCGAAAACAAUUGCGCGCUCGAUUUAUGACGAUUUCCAGAGCGUUCUUUCAUAUUGCGCACUGACAAAGGACUGCCAAGAUAUACCCCUGAGUGUCAUCCAGGCGGAACUGGCGGUGGAGGUCCGGACCGCGGUUCGGGAACAUUUCCAGAGACUGCCCAAGUUCAUCGUGGAUAAGCUGAAGCGUGCUCGUUUAUUCACGGAUGAUAUUCCUCCAGUUGAGGAUGACGAGAGCUCCGACGGCGAUAAACAGAAAGACGAGAUGUCAUUUAAGAAGGGGUACAUCCAAACUUGGUGGAGGUACUUUCUCCGUAUGCCGUCGGAGUUGCGUCCUAUUUUCUGUUCAGUGUCGAAGUUGGGAGACUCUUUCAUCUUGUGCUCUGAGGCUGCCAUUCUUUCACUUCUUUGGGGCAAUUCAAAUUCAAAGACGCACCCUACGCGGCAUAUCAUGGAAUCUCAAGUCUGCUCUUCCGAGACGGCCCACGAACUUGCAUCAGAGAAAUAUGGGGAGCUUUUCCGACUACUGUUUAUCGGAGACAAGGUCGAGAUCAAGGCGGAUCCCCUCAAGAACCAGACUUCAUAUGGCAAGAAAACAACGACCAUGAACCGAUUGCUGAAGGACCAUCCAAACACAUACGGCCAAGCUGCACUCGAUGGGUACAUGAAGAGGGUCUUUGCAAAUCACAAGGCUAGGAAGCAAGCAGCUGCCGAAGGCACGGAGUCCCCCGUGCCCCCCGACCUCCCAAUCAUCCAAAUUAAGGCGCGGAUCCCGGAGAUUACAUCGCGAUUUCCUAACAAAGGAUCUCUCGCAAAGGCUUUCGAUCAAGGCCUCCAGAAUGUUGUGGGGGUGAGGGUGGACCCCGGUGAAGUAAUUUCAGCAUCAUUUUGUGCGCUGGACCCCCGAAAACCGAACCAAGUCACGAACCUGCCUAUCAGACGCUCCGCUCUCUACAGUCCCAACUUGUCAUUCAGAGCCGCGCUGGAGACCAAAAAACGCGAACGGGCCACUGUCACAAUCAAAGACGAUGCAGAAUUGAGUGGGUACACAUGCGGGACGCCUAUCAUAUCGGAAUUGGAAGCCUCGCUGCCGUCGUCGUCGUUCGUAAGCAUGGAAGAACGCCGGCACGGCCUCCGACAGUUCAGCUAUGUCCUACAACCAUUUCGCGAUUUUUACGGAUCCCGUUCGAUGAAAAAAAAGCUGUGGGAGCUCAAAAAGGCAAGCCGGGCAGAGAAGGAUCAUGCCGUGCAUGGGACAUUGCGAACUGUGGACCCACAAGGCGGGAUGCAUACUGGGCCAACGAGACCGGCGAUGUUUGUAUACGGGUCAGGAAACUUCAACACUCAUACCAGGCUGGCAUCGCUACACGAGAGUUUCAAGGGGCAAACAGCCUCGGGUACACCGUCGUUUGUUCGGAUGAGUAUCUCACGUCAUCGAAAUGCCCAAGCUGUGUACGACAAAUCAACGACCGAAGAAUGGCAAAGCCAGCGAAUCGGGCGUCCGUCUGUCUUGAGGAUGGGUGCCAGAGAUGGCUAGACAGGGACUGCGUGGGCGCUCAGAAUUUGGCUAAUAUUGGCCUCGAAUGGAUCAGUAGCCUGUCUCGCCUAGAGCCCCUUCGCCGACCCAGCAAGAAUAACUGUACUGGCCGUAUCAGUUAAACUUUAUCCUAGGUGGUUGUCUCUCUUUCCAGUUGAAACGGUCUAAGGGAUAGUGUUUAUUACGAGAGAUGGUUCUUACCCGUGUGAAUAGAACAGUAGUGUGGAGGAUCAAAGGCGCGGCGUUGCGAUAAUAAAAAGUAUAAAAAUGUACAAUGAAGAUGUGUCGAAUGUGGUAGCAGUACGGUGCUAGCUGGGCGAUAAAGAGGGGUUUUGUUUGUUUGCUUGUUUGUUUUGCAAAAAUGAAUAUAUACAAUGAAUGAGGGAUGAUGGGAGACAGAUGCGAGCUGGUUUUUUUUUUUUUUUUUUUUUUUUUU